AACCCUAAAUUCCUUUACGCUUGCUUUAAAUUUCCAUCGUCAACUCGAGGAAUCCCUUUGCAAUCAAUUUCCGAUGUUUCGCUAUCGAAUCGAAUUCCUGUCUCUUGUGCGUACGAUCGCAGAUUGUUCCUUCCUCGUUUCUCGCUAUAAAGAGAUUCAAGUUCUGAGAUGUAGUAGCUGCCUCGAGCUUCGCCAGCUAGCCACAGUCGUACUGAAUGAGUUUGUCGGAGAAGAAAAGACCGAUAGUGGUCGGGCCCUGGGGAGGGCCGGGAGGGAGCCGAUGGGACGAUGGUGUGUACACGGGAAUCAAGCAGGUGGUAGUGGUGCAUGGAGCAGGCAUCGUCUCCGUUCAGUUCGAGUAUGACCAAAAAGGGUGCUCCGUCUGGUCGGAGAAGCACGGCGGCGAUGGGGGUACGAGAAUCGACAAGAUAACACUUAAUUAUCCAGUUGAAUAUCUCACUUCAGUGUUUGGCUACUAUGGAUCACUCUCAAGUGGGAGUGCAAUUAUCAUAAAGUCAUUAACAUUCGAGAGCAAUCUAUCAAAGUAUGGACCUUUCGGUUUUGAACGAGGAAUGUAUUUCUCAUUCCCCAUGAGUAGUGGCAAGAUUGUUGGUUUUCUUGGAAGAGCAAGCUGGUAUCUUGAUUCCAUUGGAUUUUACCUACAGAAACUGGGUAGCCCCGAUCAAUCAAAAGCAUUAGUUUCUUCGCAAAGUCAAGAACUUAGUGUCACUGAGAAGUCCGGCUAUAUCAUGGACGGAAUAGAUGGAACAAGUAGUAACUCAUAUGGUAUAUUUCUUGCAGUAAGAGGAAGGGGGGACAAUUUUGCAAUCCUCUCAAACAAUUAUACAAGGGGAGGAACACUGCCUGCACCAGAGUAUAGAAGUAUUCUGAAUUCAGGAAAUUCUAAGAUGAUUUCUCUCCCUGGCUACACUUCAGAAAGAGGAUACUCGAUGCCUGGUUCGUUAACCUAUGGCCCUUGGGGUGGCAGCGGAGGAACAAUUUUUGAUGAUGGGGUGCAUACAGGUAUUAGAGAGAUCAAGUUAACGCGCAAUAUUGGAAUCACUUCGAUAAAGGUUUUGUAUGAUAGAAACGGUCAGGCUGUGUGGGGAAACAAAAAUGGUGGUAGUGGAGGAAUUAAAACUGACAAGAUAGUUUUUGACUUCCCAUUCGAGAUCCUAACACAUGUAACUGGUUACUUUGGAACAACUAUGAUCAUGGGACCAACCGCAGUGAAAUCGCUCACGUUUCACACGACGAAGAGGGAUUAUGGGCCAUAUGGAGAUGAGGAAGGAACAUUCUUUUCAUCUUUAUUAGUUGAUGGGAAGGUUGCUGGAUUUCAUGGCAGAAGUGGAUGGUUUGUUGAUAGUAUUGGUGUUCAUGUUCUUGAAGGAAAAGUAGCCUCAACUUUAAGAAAUAAAGCGGCCAUGCCAUGGUCUAGCAACCAAAUUGAUUCUUCCCAGGGAAUCGAAGAAGAGGUCAUAUAUGGGAUGAUCAAAGAACCAGCCUCGACUGAUCCUGGACCUUGGGGUGGGAAUGGUGGCAGGCCAUGGGAUGAUGGAGUAUAUUCAGGGAUCAAGCAAGUGUACAUCACAAGGGGAGAUGUGAUAAACUCCAUACAGAUAGAGUACGAUCGGAGCGGCCAAUCUGUCUGGUCUGUGAGACAUGGAAGCAGUGGAGAAAUCUCCCACAGGGUCAAGUUCGACUACCCCAACGAAGUGCUCAAUUGCUUAAGUGGCUAUUACUGCACCAACAGUUAUGAUGGCAGCAUCAAGGUUGUGAAGUCCCUGACGUUUCACUCAACCAGGGGUAAGUAUGGACCGUUCGGGGAAGAGGUCGGAACCUAUUUCACUACCAAUGCGACAGAAGGAAAAGUCGUCGGGUUUCAUGGCAGAAGUGGAUUGUAUUUGGAUGCGAUCGGUGUUCAUAUGCAACAUUGGCUUGGUGAGAAGAAACCUGCCAGUAAAUCCAUGUUCAGUAAGUAUUUCUUCUGAUCGACAUUAUAAAACUUGUGACGUCUACAAAAAGUCUGAUGAAGUGAUGAUAGAUACUGAAGUUGCGAUAGUUGCUGCUUGUGUAGUAUAGUGAAGAUUAUCAGUGCUCUCCAUAGAGAUGUUAAUUCAUUGUGUGCUUAAUAAGAGAGUAUAAGGGAUGAGAUAUUCUCUUUAAAAUAA